GGGCAGUAUGUGAUAGGAGUCUCUCAUACACAUCCAUGUUGGAAAAGACACUGGCUGAUUCAAACCAGAGCUUCACAAUGACAGAGGAAGCAUGCAGGACACGAAGUCAGAAGCGAGCACUAGAACGAGAAAUAACCCAAAAUGACGUGGACAGUAAAAAAAUUAAAAUGGACAAAGGACUGUUGGGAACAGAUAUAAAGACUGAAGGUGACAUUAAAAUAAAGACUGAUCCUGGAGCUGGGAAAGUCCAAGGAUUAUUAAAAGGAGGGGAGGUAAAAGCAACUAUUAAAGUGGAGGUGCAGACAGGUGAUGAACCUGUUGACAUGAGUACCUCAAAAAGUGAUUUAAAGAGAGAAAAGAGAGUCCCCUCGCCUGAUAUUAUAGUGUUAUCAGACAAUGAACCUUCGAGCCCUAGAAUGAAUGGUUUAACAAAAAUAGCAUUAAGAGAGACCAACACAGAGGCACUCAUGAAGAGCAGCCCAGAGGAGCGCGAGAGAAUGAUUAAACAGCUAAAAGAAGAGUUACGAUUAGAAGAAGCAAAACUUGUUUUAUUGAAAAAGCUGCGGCAGAGUCAAAUACAGAAAGAGACCACUACUCAGAAGCCUCCUGGUUCCUCUGGGAGUGCUGUGGCCACCCCUCCCCCAUUGGUGCGGGGAACACAGAAUGUUCCUGCUGGCAAGCCAUCCCUUCAGACCUCUUCUUCACGUAUACCAGGCACUGUUAUUCCCCCUCCAUUGGUCCGUGGAGGGCAACAAGCAUCUUCAAAACUGGGAUCUCAGCAGAAUACGCAGAUAGUAAUGCCACCUCUUGUCAGAGGAGCCCAGCAAAUCCACAACAUCCGACAGCACUCCAGCACGGGGCCACCUCCACUGCUUCUGGCACCACGGGCAUCCGUCCCCAGUGUACAGAUUCAGGGACAGAGAAUUAUACAACAGGGUUUAAUCCGCAUUGCCAAUGUUCCCAAUACCAGCCUGCUUGUCAAUAUACCACAGGCCUCACCUACUUCAAUAAAAGGUACAACCGUGACAUCGGCUCAGGCUAAUGCUGCUACUACUACCAGUGUUGCUUCUAUAGUGAACUCCAACGAGUCCCCAGCCAGCCGGCAAGCUGCUGCCAAACUUGCACUGCGCAAGCAGCUGGAGAAGACGCUCCUGGAGAUCCCACCUCCUAAACCACCUGCACCAGAGAUGAAUUUCCUGCCAAGUGCAGCCAACAACGAAUUUAUUUACCUGGUUGGUUUGGAGGAAGUAGUGCAAAACUUGCUAGAAACUCAAGCGGGUAAAGUUUCAGUCACAGCCUCAUCUCAGGAGCCCUAUAUGUGUGCUCAAUGUAAGACUGACUUCACUUGCCGCUGGAGGGAAGAGAAGAACGGAACCAUUAUGUGUGAAACCUGUAUGACAUCGAAUCAGAAAAAGGCCCUCAAGGCUGAGCACACGAAUCGACUGAAGGCUGCCUUUGUGAAAGCCUUGCAGCAAGAGCAGGAGAUUGAGCAGCGGAUACUGCAGCAGACUGCUUCUCCUGUACAGACCAAGUCCGAACCUACAGCCCAGCACCAUUCACUCAAGCAGACUUCUGGCCAGCUGUCUCGAGGUCCCCCAGGAAGCACCCGAGGAGUCUUGCAUGCAUUUAGUCAGUCACCCAAGUUGCAGAAUGCAUCAGCUGCAGCAGCACUUGGUAGUAGGCCAGGUAAGCAUGCUGAGAGACCUGUCAGCAAGAGCAAUGCUACUACCUGGAAGAAGACCCCCAUCACUACAGGUGGGGCUCUCGCUUUUGUCAACCCUAGUUUAGCUGUGCACAAGACUUCUUCAGCAGUAGACCGUCAACGUGAAUAUCUCCUGGAUAUGAUUCCCCCACGAUCCAUCCCUCAAUCUGCAACAUGGAAAUAA